AUCCUUGUACUUUUCAGCAAUGGAGAGUUCGGAGGACAACACUGCUCUGCACAUUCAAGCCGAGAUUAAUGAAAUAUUGGUUAAAGGCUAUGAUGACUGGAUGGAUAAGCAAUCUGCAGAUGUGGUGUCAUUUAAAACAGAAAAUCGGAUAGAAAAUAGCAUUUCCUUAUUCCUAACUUUAUUUAAGUUCUCUGUUGACAUCUUAGAGCAAAAAGUCAAAGAUUUGAGAGAGCUUGCAGAUGGUCUGGAGCGUGUUCACUUUGGAACCACAGUGGGCAGCUUGACAGGGGGGGUGGUCAGUGUAAUCGGAGGGGUCACCUCUGUGGUUGGAUUAGUCCUGGCCCCCUUCACCUUUGGAGCUUCUCUGGCUGUGACUGGGGUGGGACUUGGCAUAGCUACUGUCGGAGGGGUGACUAGUGGUGUCUCCAACAUCACCAAAAUGGUUAAUGAGUCAAUGGAUCGCAAGAACUUUGAAAAACUUAUAAAGGACUAUGAAGACUUGAUGCAGCCCAUCACUGAAUGUCUGAGAGAGCUCAGUGAAAACAUAGAGAAACUGCAAAAGCUGAAAUCCACCAAAAAAAAACCUGAGGGGGGAUCCCCCCAGAAUGUCGAUAAUAUGAUGCAGGUUGGAGCCCGGCUGGGAAGGAGUCUGGUUGGGGGUGUGCCUGAAAUAGUUCGGCUGGUUCAGGUGGUCAACCUGGGCAAGGUAGCUGCUCAAGCAUCUAGAGCUGUGCAGGUGGCGGGAGUCUUCACCGGUGUGUUUUCUAGCCUCUUCAUCGCUCUGGAUGUGUAUUUCAUCGCUAAUGAUGCCAAAGAGAUCCAUAACAUGAGGGGAACUAAUACUAAUUCGCCAAAGGAGGAAAAGUCUGCUGCAGUUGAGUUCAUAGCAGUGAUCAGAAAGACAGCCGGGCAGUUAGAGGAUGGUCUGAAUGAGCUGAAAAAACUGGAGAAUAUGCUUAAUGAAGGUGGGGCUCAGAGAGCUCAAUAAUCAACUCAAUGUGCACUCUUUAUGCAAUGCUUAAAUAUAAUAGAGGCCACAAUGACAUUCUUAACACAUAUUACAAAUAUUUUGUUGUAGAUUUUAUUGUAGUGACAUUUUGUGUUCUUCUUAAUUUGUAAAUAAAUGUAUUGAAAAAGUCUUAAAUAACCAGAUGACCAAAUUCUGAAAUAAACGCAAGAAAAUGAAAAUGAGGCCAAUACAAAAGUACUGGACUGCAUUGAUGUCCUCACAUUCUCAACUUUCCUUCAAUAAAACGACCUCUUUUCCAAACUAGCCUUAUGCCUAAGCUAUCAUAAGCUCUGUUUUUGGAUUCCUUUUGACUUCUUUUCAUUUUGAGGUGCUUAGUUUCCAGCACCAUUUCUUUUUUGCAACUGUUUAUCUGCCACAG